AUGCCCUCCUUAACGACAAUGUGCCUCGGGCAGCUGUGUGGUGUUAGCUCAAUGGAGUUCCACUGGAUUGAGGAGAUUCUUUCCUAUACUCGGGGCCUCGGUGAUUGCAAGGCGGCGUCCACCUUUACUUCUCCUCCAUCCUUCCGUGAGUUCAUGCGGCUCUUUCUCAGCAUCCCCUCAAAACAUCUCACCUUCAUCAACGUCCAGCUAUGGUCGUUCACGUCGAGCCGGCUAUGCCUGUCUGUCAACUCGUUCCUGAACUUCGAAGAUGGCAGCAAACUGAAGGACCAGCGUCUGAUGGCAGGGGCUGCAAUAGUGCUGGGUGACAUUAUGGAUCAGACGCAAUCGGCAAUUGUCUCCAAGGUUCUCGAAGUUAACAUGGAGUUUAACUGGCAUUUAGUACUACUAACCACUGAUCUCGCAAUGUCAGAAUUACCCUUUCUGGCCAAGUGA